GGUAGUUUCUGCACUCCCUCCUCCAUUAUCAGAGAUCUGACUUCUGACGACCUCAUCUAAAGCAUCUAAUCUGUCUCGAGCGCAGUCUGCCAAGGCAACCUCUCUAUUCUCGUGCCAUGGUCCGGUUGGGUUCGUGGAUGUUGGAGACUUUGCCGCAAACCUGUCUAGGCGAGAUCCCAAUUAUUCGACCUUCCACUCAGUUCUUCAUUGGCGCCCUCUCCACCCAUCAAAUAAGUCCCAGCACCAGUCGAAAACGUAUGAAAUACCGGAAACAUCCGAAAGGUUCGGCCGCGGCACUGUGAUUGCAUUGUUCGUGAAUAGCAGCGGGUUGAUAAUGGUGAAUUUGCAAUAUCUCGGAGCACAGACAAACAGGUAAGCCAAGCGCCCGUUCCUGUGGUGCAUUGCUGACACUAUAUGAAAUCAUCAAGGCUGGUGGUGUAUUCUCCUAUCGAGGAGAAAAGGCUUUGGGAUUAUCCCUAUGACAGCCAUAUACCGUGUCCUAACUCUCCUUCGGUCACAGUGCCAGUGCCGUUUGGGCCAGUCGCGCUAGGUCAGUCCUAUGCAUACUGCGUGAGCACCGAAGCGCAUUCCGGCUGGGCCCUGAUGGCGUACGAUUUUCGAACUGGAAAGGAAGUAUAUUGUAUCAGCAAGGGCGUGCAGUGGUUUCGAUCCGCUAACGCCUGGCUGGCGGAAGGCAGGCCUGUGCCUGAACGUCUGGUCCAACUGGUGGAGGUCAAUGGCGAAGAGCUCCUCAUUUGGAUGUCGGAACCGAAACUAACGGAGACCACGGUUGAAAUCAUCAGGGGCCGCGACGGACAGCCGGUGUACAGCUUAGAAUACUCCUCAUCUUGGAAGCUCAAUUGCCUGGCAGACCCCUUGACCAACCAAGUGGCAUUGAUAUGGUACAAACCUGCCGAAAGAGCAGCCAAUUCAGGCCGGAGUAUCACCCUGAUACGUACGUUUUCAUAUCAACCGGGCCAGCCAUUCACCCUGUCACCCCUAAUAGCCGUGGAGCGCAAGACGCCCUGUUCGGAAUAUGAAACGCUCCAGCCCUUCACCAUGACAGACAUCGAGGUAGUUACCCUGGCGUCUGAGAAGCGUGGGAAGUUUACCAUUGCCCGUAGCUGUCUGCUCCAAGUAGACAGUCAGAGGAUACGCAAUCUUGCUUUCCAGGCUGCCAUCGAGCUUUUCACUCACGCCCCUAGGCAUAUCCGGUGCUACACCACCGACAGCCCAAGGACCGUCACCGUGUCUGAGUCUGGUUCAUCCUUGCCACCGGGUUCCCAGAAUAGCAAUACCCUAUCUGUGGAUACUGUACCUACCCCGGCAGUCUAUUGGCUGGACCAUGCGCGGCUUGUAGUCCAGACCAUGAAUUAUACCCGGGUUGUUCAGUUCUAGCACUUGUCUGCUAUAUCUUUAUGUUAAUCUUUCUAGCCUUGAUAGAUGAAAUAAGUUGGAUUAUAAUCCUUGAUCGGUAAACAAUCUAGAGACAUAU